AUGAUUUCCUCCCUCGAUCAGCUCAAGGCCACUGGCUCCGUCGUAGUCUGUGACUCUGCUAUCGACAAAUACAAACCGCAGGAUGCUACCACCAACCCCUCUCUGAUCCUUGCUGCGUCCAAAAAGGCCGAGUAUGCGAAUCUUAUCGACCUUGCCAUCGAGUAUGGUAAAAAGCAGGGAAAUUCCAUCGACGAACAAGUCAAUUCAACCCUAGAUCGUCUCCUUGUUGAGUUUGGUAAGGAGAUCCUCAAAAUCAUACCCGGUAAGGUCUCCACUGAGGUCGAUGCACGCUUCUCCUUUGACACCGAGGCCUCCGUCAAAAAGGCUUUACACAUCAUCAAGCUUUAUCAGGAGAUUGGUAUCCCCAAAGAACGUAUCCUGGUUAAGGUCGCCUCUACCUGGGAGGGCAUCCAGGCCGCUCGCAUUCUUCAGUCCAAACAUGGCGUCAACUGCAACCUGACUCUCAUGUUUUCGCUUGUGCAGGCUAUUGCCGCUGCUGAAGCCGAUGCCUUCCUGGUUUCCCCUUUUGUUGGUCGAAUCCUGGACUGGUACAAGGCCGCCCACAAGCGUGACUACACUGCGGAAGAUGACCCCGGCGUAAAGUCUGUGCAGAGCAUCUACAACUAUUUCAAACACCAUGGCUACAGGACAAUUGUCAUGGGAGCCUCCUUCCGAAACACCGGCGAAAUCAUCGAGCUAGCCGGCUGCGACUACUUAACCAUCUCGCCCAACCUCUUAGAAGAUCUAUAUACCUCCACUAAACUAGUAUCCAAAAGGCUCGACUAUACUGCCACGACUAGCCUCGAUAUUCCAAAACGCAGCUAUAUCAACGACGAGGCCCUCUUCCGUUUUGAUCUCAAUGAGGAUCCGAUGGCCGUCGAAAAGUUGCGCGAGAGUAUCUCCAAAUUUGCAGCGGACGCAGACACUCUGAAGGAAUUGUUGAAGCACAAGAUCCAAGCGUAG